AUGGUCGACCACUUCAUGCAAUUCGGCUACUGCGUUGUCAAGCAGGCUUUCACCCAGGAGCAAGCCCGAGAGGUUGCUGGUGAUGUCUGGAUUCGGUUGGGAAUGGAUCCCAACGACUCGUCAACUUGGGACAAGGAACGGAUCAAUAUGCCCACGCAUCGCCAAUUCCUGCUCAAGGACUUCAGUCCUAAGGCUUACAAGGUUAUCUGCGAGAUGCUCGGUGGAGAGGAAAGGAUCAGUGACGAGCAUAAUACCUGGAACGACGCCCUGAUCGUCAACCUCGGUACUCCCGAGUACGCCAAAGAGGAGACGCCGCACCCGAGAGAAUUGGAUAAUUGGCACUGCGAUGGGGAUUUCUUCCGACAUUUUUUGGACAGCCCGGAACAAGGUCUCCUCUGCAUCCCGCUGUUCAGCAACAUUCAAGCUCGAGGUGGGGGAACCAUGGUCGCCCCUGAUGGGAUCGAACACGUCGCCCGGUUCUUGGCUGACAAUCCCGCUGGGGUGAUGGGCGGGAAAGAAGGGGUGGUCAAUUUCGAUUUCCGGAAUCUGAUCAACAAGUGCGAAGUCUUUCAUGAGAUGACUGGGGAGAUUGGGGAUGUCGUCCUCAUCCAUCCGCUCAUGCUCCAUUCGGCUUCGCACAACAACACCCGUAUUCCCAGGAUAAUCACCAACCCUCCAGUCUCGCUUAAAGACCCGUUCAACUUCAACCGUCCAAAUCCUGACGACUAUAGCUUGGUCGAACUCAAGACGCUCAAAGCGCUCGGGGCUACCCCUGAAAAGGGCUACGACUUCGCCAUCACACAACCGAGGGAACGGGUCGUACCCGAAAGGGUAAAGGUUCAGAGCAUGAUGAAGGUGCAAGAGCUGGAGAGACUGAACAAGCAGCGGGAGGUAGCGGUCGAGGCCUGA